AUGAUAUUGGGCUACUAUAGGGAUAUACUAGAGACAGCCGCAAAGUUUCCAGACCCCGGGCAAGAAAACGAUUUUCUUUACUUAGCCACCGACAAUCUACCAAUUACACGACAACGGCGACCGGACGCUGAACGCACGCGGGUUUGGUACGGAUCAAUCGGCUCCGGCGACCGGCUGCUGAAAAGUAGCCGAGAUCGAGAUGAAUUGCGGGACAGAUAUAACAUGAUUGGCCUAGAAAUGGAGGCCGCUGGCAUCAUGAACGAGAUCCCGGUGGGAAAUAUUCGAGGGGUUUGCGAUUAUGGCGACGAACGGAAGAAUAAAGACUGGCAGCCUUAUAUAGUGGUGAUGGCAGCGGCGUUUGCGAAAGCAGUAUUGGCGGAAAUAAUACCCAAGUCUGCCGCGCCAUCCGCAGGUGUCAAAACAGGCUUUACAGAUAAAGAUAAUUCCUGCCUGCGCGACUUACUGGUCGCUGAUCCAGAAACAGUGCGACGACGCAUCGAGGCCACGAAGGGCGGUUUACUAGAUGACUCAUUUCGAUGGGUCUUAAGUAACACUGAAUUCCAGAAAUGGCAUAGCAACUCUUAA